AUGGCGGCCGCCGGGGGUACGGCGAGCCGCAGGGGCCCCGGGCGGCCCUGCCCCUUCUCCAUCGAGCACAUCCUCUCUAGCCUGCCAGAGCGGAGCUCCCCGGCCCUGGCAGCCCGCCCGCCGCCGCCGGCCGACCGCCAGAGUCCCGCGGAACCCGCGGAGCCCGGGACACCCAAGGCGCCCUGCACCUGCUGCUGCUGCUGUGGGCCCCGCGCGGCGCCCGGAGGGCCCCCGGAGUCCCCCGCGGGAUUAGGCGCGCGGCUGCCGUGGCCGCUUAGACUGGGGCCCUCGGCGCCCUUGCCCUUGGCCGUGCCGCCUGGAGGCUCCGGGGCGCUGCCCGGCGCCGGCGGUCCGGGCCCGCAGCGGCGCACGCGGCGCCACCGCACCAUCUUCAGCGAAGAGCAGCUGCAGGCACUGGAGGCGCUCUUCGUGCAGAACCAGUACCCCGACGUGGGCACGCGCGAGCGCCUGGCCGGCCGCAUCCGCCUGCGCGAGGAGCGAGUGGAGGUCUGGUUCAAGAACCGCCGGGCUAAGUGGCGACACCAGAAGCGCGCGUCUGCGUCGGUGAGGCUCCUGCCGGGAGCCAACAAGCCCCCCAAGGAGAGCUGCUGAUGGCUCUGGGAGCUACUCCUGGGCUUGGCCGAGUCCUUUGGGGUCGGCUCAGAGAGUCGACAGUCCUACCCGAAAAGGAGCUGAGAGAGGACACCGGACCCUUCCCGUCUACACAGCUUCCUGCGUGCUGGAGCUAGUAUUCAACACAGGAGCCCCUGUGCAGGAGCAUGUGUGUGUUCCUGCUGCACCACUUGCCAUGUGAAGGAGAACACCGAGUACCCAGGCGCUCUCCUUCCCAAUGACUAGCUGGCAGGAGGAUAAGGGGAGAUUCCCUAGGGGGUAGGCGGAUGGGGCACAGAGUGGGGUCAUCUUCCUCACUCCUCCUAGGCACUAACCUGGUCCUUGUCAACACCAGGACCUAGAAUCCUCCUGUCUUUCCUGGCAUGCUGGCCUCCCUCCUCUCCUCAGCCUGGACAUGGCCCCCUGAUCUGGCCUACAACCCUUCCAAGCAGGGUGGAUGGUGUCUGUGCAUCCUGGGGCUGCUGCCAGCUCGCAGGUCCUGCCCUGGGUUUUGUGUCCAGAUCUAUAGAAUAAGAAGGUUGAGUGAAGUCUCUCCAGAAGCUCCCUGCCCUGCUUCUUAAUCCUGUGAGCCUUGGUCAGAUAUGGAAAAAUAAACAAGCAACUACAGACACCACAAAAGCAGUCUGCCCUGGCUCCACUACCACACCCAGCUGGGCCUGCCCUUCCUCUCUCCUUCCUAGGAGUGGGGGGCCCACUUAUCUUGGGGGAGCACAGCCCAAUGAAUACUCAGUCCCUGUACCAGGCUGACCCCCAGCAGAGCAAACUGCCCCACAGAGAAUGGCCUGGCACGCUGGGGGCCUGCACUGGCCUCUAGGUGCUGCUUCAUGGAUGGGGGUCCUUGGCUUCCUCCUUGGGGCAGAUUUCCAUGCUGCGGUGUCUGCCUUCCUCACAGCAGUCAAUCUGUGCCACUCUGUGGGGCAGGAGGAGGCUCGACACGCCUCUCUCCCCCUAGCCCCACACACACUGCUUUGGAAAAUGUCUGCUCUUCCCUCCAUGAUCCUGGGCUCAGGGUGAAGGAUAGUGUGAAAACAUGACUUCCAUUCCCCAAGUACACCCAAACAGUGGGCUCAAGGAACCUAACACACCCCUCAUCUUACUUGGGGAUCUUCUGCCCACCCACAGGUCCUGGUGGGAAUCGGGUGGUAUCUAGCAGGAGACACAGUCCAUCCAUAAAACAUGCAGAAGCCAGAGCUGGCCAGCUCAGAUAACACCAAGUAGGCAUGGUGUCCCUAGUCAGUGCUGCGCUAAUGCUGGCAGGUACCUACUUCUAGGACAGCAGCUGUUGCCUCACCUCCCAGGGUGUACACUUCUGGCUUUUACCAAGCUUUUCUCCCUGAAUCCUGGUUUUAUCCUUGGCCACUGUAUAGCCUGCCUGCGGAGCAACCCCGCAGGCUGGAACAGCUUCAUCUCUCUGGGUUCCAGGAUCCUUGCCCUCCUAGACUGAGUUGCUAUUUGUCAUUGUGUGGGGUAGUCAGGAUUGGAACUUCACCUUCAACGGACCAGUGGCUGUGUUGCCUUCCUGAUUUUUCUCCUUUCUCUCUAGCUGCUCUUGGGCAGGCUCACCUCCACAGCCGGGUGUUAACAUAGAUGUCUUUGAGGCCAAGUCCUAGGCACCCUCUUCUCAUCUCCAUUCUCACCUGGGUUUCUCUCUUUCAUCCUUAGGCUCCAAUUUUCAUUCUUUCUGCCAUGUUUACAUCUCCAGCCCAGGCCUCUUCCCUGAGCUAGAUAUUUAUGUCCAACUGUUCCUUCGACUACACCCGGAAGCCCACAGCUCCUCUAAAUCACCUUGUCCUGGGAAGGUGAGCUCUUUCCCUGUGCAUACCAGGUACACAAGCCAGAGGGCAGGCAAUUACCCUGCCCCCUCCUUGCCCUCGCCUAUCAGACCCAGGCCAACAGCAAGUCAAUUUCACCUCCAGAACAAUCCCGGAAUCUGUCUUCUCCCCAGCUUCAAUUGCACCAAAGGUCGUCUUCCUGUUGCUGCUGGGCCUUUUCUCAUGCUUUUCCCUCUCCAACUGAUAAAUGCCUGUUCAUCUUUUGGAUCUGCAGUCACAUCCUGCCUAGGGAAACUUCCCCCAACUGCCCCUAGGUAAAAUUCCUCAAGAACAAACUUUUCUUGCACCUCUCAGCUGCAGCUCUAAACUGGUUUGUGGGAUAGCCUAACUGGAGUUUGUCUUCCUUAUUAGACUAUCGGCUCUAUGAGGGGAGGAACCAUCACCAUGGAGUCCCCUGUUGUACUAAAGGAUUCUGGGGCAGAACUUACUUGUUUGACAUAAUUCACAACCUCCUUUUGAGAAGAAAUAAUCAGUACUGAAAAAUGCAUGGGCAGGGGGCCGGCCGAGUGGCUCAGUUGGUUAGGAACUCACUCAAGAG